UGAUCGACAGGGCGAGGGCUCUGGGCAGCGGUUGUGGAGUGGACAGCAGCGGAGCACCGAGCAAGGAGAGAGGGGGCGUCCUGGGAUAUUUCGAAGGGUGAAGGUUCUCCUGUGGACCCAGAAUCAAAGGAAGAUACAGAACACAGGAUCCCCGAGCUAGAUGUGCUGUUGCUGGGCUCUGUGGAUGGGCGGCACCUGCUGCGGACCCUGGCCCGGGCAGCUCUCUGGCCUCGCAGGAGGUUCAACGUGAGCUAAGAUACUGGGGUCGUGGAAGGAAGACGGUGAAGAUGAGCACCCAGAUCCCCGAGUUCUUGAGGAAGGAGGGGACUGGAAUUCUAAAACCCUGAGUCCAGGAAGGAGGGACUGGAGAUUGCUGGGUCUGAGGGAGGUGGAAGCUGGGAGACUGGGGCCAUGCAUCUUGAGUUUCAGAGGGAGGAACAGUCUAAGGACCAGGUCUCCUGAGUAAUGGUGGGCGGGAGGGUUCUGGGGACCCAGACUCCUGUGUUUGAAAGAGGGAACUAGUGUACAAAACUCCUGGGUUAGUGGAAGGAGGAGGGUGAGGGCCCGUUCUCCUGGGUCUCUUAGGGGCCAGGAAGCAGUUCUCAGAAUCCUUCUGCUCUGUCCAUCCUUCCAGUUCUAUGUGCUGGAGAAUAAUCUGGAAGCUGUGGCCAGACACAUGCUGAUCUUCAGCAUAGCUUUGGAGGAGCCCGAGGAGAUGGGGCUGCAAGAGAGGAGCGAGACCUUCAUGGAGGUGUGGGGGAACGCGCUGCUGCGCCCCGCGGUGGCCGCCUUUGUGCGCACCCGGGCUGACCUCCUGGCACACCUGGUCCCCGAGCCCGACCGCAUGGCGGAGCAGCUGCCCUGGCUCAGCCUCAGCGCCCUCAAGUUUCGCGAGCGGGACGCCCUGGAGGCGGUGUUCCGCUUCUGGGCCGGCGGGGAGAAGGCGCCCGAGGCCUUCCCCAUGAGCCGCCUCUGGGACUCGCGGCUUCGCCACUACCUGGGCUCCCGCUAUGACGCCCGGCACGGUGUCAGCGACUGGGACCUGCGCAUGAAGCUGCACGACCGCGGGGCCCAAGUCAUCCACACCCACGAGUUCCGACGCUGGCGGGACACAGGUGUCGCCUUUGAACUCAGAGAUUCCAGCGCCUACCACGUGCCCAACAGGACCCUGGCAUCCGGUCGCCUUCUGAGCUACCGCGGGGAGCGCGUGGCAGCGCGCGGGUACUGGGGGGACAUCGCCACGGGGCCCUUCGUGGCCUUCGGCAUCGAAGCGGACGACAAAAGCCUACUGCGGACCAGCAACGGACAGCCGGUCAAGACCGCGGGCGAGAUCACACAACACAACGUGACAGAGCUGUUCCGCGAGGUGGCCGCCUGGGGACGCCCGAGAGCCACCCAGGGGGACCCGGAGGAGGAGCCCCAGCGCGCGUCUGGUACCGAUGAGCCAGAGAUUUCAGGUGAUCCAAGGGCUUCAGGACCUCCUGCCCGGGAAUCCUUCACUAUCCACUUCCUGCCCCUCGAUUCUGCUCAGGCGCUGCACCACAAGAGCUGCUACAAGGGCCGGUUCCAGCUUCUCUACGUGGCCUGUGGGAUGGUCCAUCUUCUCAGCCCUGAGCUUGGGGCUUGCGUGGCGCCCGGAGGGAACCUGAUUGUGGAAUUAGCUCGGUACCUGGUGGACCUGCGCCCGGAGCAGCUGCAGCAGUUCUCCACCAGGGUUGGGGAACUAGCUCAGGCAGCUGGAUUCGCCCCGCAGACAGGAUCCAGGUCUUCAGAGACCUUCGCUAGGUUCUGCAAGUCUGGGGACUCUGCUCUGCGCAGCAUUGGACCAGCCUUGGAAUCCGGAGCUCCGCCCCCUGAAGUUCUGGCCCCGCCUCUUGAAGCAAUGAGCCCGCCCCAUGGGGACCUGACCCAGCCUCUAGAAGGCCCGACCGCACCCUCUGCGCCCCUCCAGCUUCCCUCAGAAUCUCAGGAUUCGCUCGGGGAGGUUCUGGCUCCGUCCCAGGAAGUUUUGGCCAUGCCCAACAGUGAGUCAGACUCCAAAACCCCAGAGUCUGACCUGACCUUCAGAGACUAAGUCCCUCAUCUCUAACUUCAAAAUCUGGCCAGAAAAUUAGAACCCAUUCGUAUAAUUCUGAACCCGCUGCUGAAAUUCUCCAUUUUACUCUUCAACACUCUCAUUCAGCCCCAGAGGUGUUGCCAGAAUUUCAAAUUCCAUUUUAGGGAUUCUAAGUUCUAUUCCUAGAAUUCUAGAUUGCUUUCUCAGAAAUUGCAUUCGUUGAGACUCUAAACCCCUUGCAGAGAUCUGACACUGGGUCUCAGGCCCUCUGCUUCAGCCCCUUGUCUCCAGACAUCCCAUUGCUAACCCAGGGUUGGGAGUGUCUCCUCGCCGGGGCCUGGUCAGCUCCCAAGUGGUUCAAGUAAAGAGAGUGGGGUCCUC